AUGCCGAAGACCAAUGUGCGUGUGUUCCUGCGGCUGCGGCCCACGGUCCACUCGUGUGAGUCCAUUGUCCCGCAGCCGGACGGCAAGUCAGUCUGCAUCCAAAACAGGAAAGGGGCCGCCCGGGUGACCGACGGGGCGCAGCAGGACAGCCUCCUCUUCAAAUUCGAUGGGGUUUAUCAGAAUGUGGGGCAAGACGCCAUCUUUGACGAGAGCGCACGCGAGGUGGUGGACAGCGUGGUCAGCGGCUACAAUGGCACCAUCUUUGCAUACGGCCAGACAGGGGCGGGGAAGACCCUCACCAUGAGUGGAGACCCCAGGGUUUUCAACCAGCGGGGCAUCACACCACGGGCGCUUCACCAGAUCUUCCGUGCGGCCGAGUCGAAGCCGGAGGGCAGCGUGCACGUGCGCGUAUCAUACCUCGAGAUCUACAAUGAGACUAUGUACGACCUGCUGGCAGACGCGCCUGGGAGCAGCAACGGGCUGACCGUCACUGAGGAUGCGAAUGGAAGCGUAGAGGUGCGCUGCAGCAAAGGGGCGGUCCGCGGCCUCACGCGGCGCUCCGUCGCCUCCGAAGAACAGGCGCUGGCGUGCUUCUUUGAGGGCGAGGCCGCGCGCAGCACCGCCGCGCACUACCUGAACGCGGCCUCGAGCCGCUCGCACUGCAUCUUCACCGUCCACGUGGAGGCCGAGGCGGGCGUCGGGGCCGCGGAGAAGGUGACGUCAUCGAAGCUGCACCUGGUGGACCUGGCGGGGUCGGAGCGGCUCAAGAAGACGCACGUGACGGGGGAGAGCCUGCGCGAGGCGACGGCCAUCAACAAGUCGCUCACGUUCCUGGAGCAGGUGGUGAACGCCCUCGCCAAGAACCAGCCCCACGUGACUUUCCGGCAGACCAAGCUGACGUCCGUGCUGCGCGACGCGCUGGGCGGCAACUGCCGGACGGUGCUGCUGGCGUGCUGCUGGGCGGACGACGAGUUCCUGGAGGAGACGCUGAGCACGCUGCGCUUCGCCGCGCGCGUCAGGUCGCUCACUACAACUGCUACGGUCAGCGAGAAGACCGACCCGGCGACCGUCAUACGGCGGCUGGAGCGGCAGGUGGUGGAGCUGAAGCAGGAGCUGGCCAUGAAGGACACGCUCAGCGGCAAGGGCCGCGUCUCGUACAGCGAGCCAUCGGAGGGAGAUCUGCAGGAGCUGCGCGGAAAGAUCAGCAGGUUCCUGACGGGUGACUGCGGCCUGGAUGCCCUCCCCCUAGACUCCAUCAAGGAGACGUACCGACUGUUCAAGGAACUACACGUAAAGGCUCGAACCGAGCUUGAGAAAGACCUGGCUACCGCGCGCGGGUCCCGGCCCGUCAGCCAAGGAACGUUCCUGCAGAGUCCGGCCAGCGGGUCCGGAUCCGCCAACGGAAUAACGUCCGCACAGUCCAACGGAGUGGGCGAGGUCGAGCAGAACUCCAGCCGAAGCUUCCCGGUGGGCGAGGCGCCGACGGAGGCGCGGCCCAAGGACGCCGUCUAUUUGGACCGCAGCACAGCGGGUGGGGCGGCCAGCCCAAAAGCGGCGCCGCUGAACGGAACCGCGUGGCGGAACGCGGAUCCGCAGAACGGAUCGCCGGAAAGCCCCGCAGCCAGGGAGACCGAGGCAGAGCGGAAGAACAGGGCAUUUCUCCAGUACAAGCACGAGGAGCCGGAGGGCAGAGCGGCGAACGACCGCCUGCAAGAGCUGUCCAACAAGAUCAGGGAGGCCCGGCUGACGGUGCGCGAGCUGGGGGGCAAGGUGAACGACGCGAAGCACGAGAUCGACGCGCUGAAGCAGACGCUGGACGCGCGCAGAGGCGCCGGCCAGGGCGCGCGCGCGCCGCCCGGCGCCGACGUGCCGGAGGACGCGGUCGAGGUGCUGGACGAGGAGCAGUUCAAGCUGCUGCAACAGAGUAAGGCGGCCAAGGCUGCGUACCGGCAGAGCUUCGACCAGCUGCGCGCGCUGCGGGCGGACUUGGAGCACAUGGAGGCCGAGGCCGCGCUGUGCCGGCAAACGCUGCUGGAUGGCUUCGGGCGUUGGUUCGACUCCCAGGGCCUGUCCCCGAGCUCGAGGGAGGGUCCUGGAACCGGGAGCAUCGAGGCGUUGCAACGCGCGGAUGAAGGAGUAGAGUCAGAAACUUCUUUCAUGGGCGAUCAUGAGUCGCAUGCUUACUUUGCGGCCCAAAAGGCGGUGGGGACUCAGCGGGGUUCACCCACUCAUAAGACGACGCGGCGGGUGCUCUAG